GAGACAGAUACUCCUAAGACAACAUUAUGUUAUCACUAGGAGAAUUAUCAUUUCGGAGAUGCAUUAUAAGUAUCAUCGUCCUAAACAUCAGUCAGUCAGAAGUUGUUGAGCAGUCAAACAGUGAAAAAGACGAAGAAUAGUUAUUAAUUUAUUAUUUUUUUUAUAAGUAUUUAGAAAAGUGAACAAAGAUCUAGCAAAAUGAUGUCCAAAAAGCUAAGAAAUGAUUCUAACUUGAAUACAAAUGAAAUUGGUGAAUAUAUCAUUAGUGAUUAUGGCUAUGGAAAGGAUAAUGUGAAAUUGUUGCACGUGGUACGAAAUGGUCCUGUACACGCCAUAAAAGAACUUGAAGUAGGUUCUCAUCUCAAGUUGUACGAUAAAAAGGACUAUUUAUACGGAGAUAAUUCUGAUAUUGUGGCGACAGAUUCCCAAAAGAAUACCAUUUAUCUUUUGGCCAAAAAGUAUGGAGUUAAAUCCCCAGAAGAUUUUGCACUUCUGCUCUGUGCUCAUUUCCUCAGCAAAUACAGUCAUGUGAAGGAAGUGUCCGUUCAAGUUGUGGAAUAUCCCUGGAAACGCAUUGGCAGUGGGGAUGGACCAUUUAAGCAACUCCACAAUCAUGCCUUUAUCUUUGCCCCAACAGCCACGCGAUAUUGUACAGUAACUCACGCAAGAACAGAUCCUGCCCCAACAGUUAUAAGUGGUAUUAAAGACCUUCGUGUGCUAAAGACAACUCAAUCAUCCUUUGUGAAUUUCAUCGAUGAUGAAUAUCGAUCACUUCCAGAUAUGAAAGAUCGGAUAUUUAGUACAAUUGUUCGUUCAUCAUGGCAGUAUUCGUCAUGGAAAAAUUUAGACUUUGACAAAAUUCACAAUAGAGUCAUGGAGAUAAUCCUUAAGAAUUUUGCCGGUGAUGCUGACAAGGGAAUUAUGUCACCAAGUGUACAAAAUACACUUUACGUUACAGAGAAGGAAGUUCUCGAUGUGAUACCUGAGAUUUCGUCAAUUGAUAUGGAGAUGCCAAAUAAACACUACUUCACUGUGGAUUUGAGUAAAUUCCCUAAAGUCGUCCAAGGCGAGAAUGAGGAAGUUUUUCUGCCAGUAGAUAAACCCUCUGGGAUUAUCUAUGCACAAUUGGACAGGCGUGAUAUUAAGAGCAAGCUCUAGAUUAAAAACUUUCAUCCAAUUAAUUGUCUUAAAGCCUUUUUUUUUGUUAAAAUCCUCCCCUUUUCUUAGAUUUAGUUUGUAAAGAUUAAAGCGGAGUUUCUGCGAUGAACUGAUUGUGCAGAAAUGCAAAUAUUUGUGCAAAUGAUUUAUUUUUAGUAACACUGCUAAAAUGAAAAUUUCCAAACAAUUAAC